GCCAACGAGUGAUAUAUGCUUCAGUAAGGUUGGCUUCUUAGCGUUCAUAGCAAUGGUUAUCUUCUGUGCUGCAGAAAUGGAACGCACUGUAAAUCACAGAAAAUAGAUGUGGUGGCAGCUGCAGAGAAGUAUUUGGGUUUACGAGAUUUGACUUCAGAAGAGUUACAGGGUGUGUUGAGUGGUGGUGUCUCAUCCUCCCAGGCCGUUGGCAUGGUUCAGGAGAAGAUAGGGCCAAAGUAGUGGAAUGGGGCAGUGGGUCUUUAAUGAGUGUAGGUGGCAGCUGCAGAGAAGUACCUGGGUAUACGAGAUUUGACUGCAGAAGAGUUCUAAGAUAUUUCGAGACUUUUAUUAUAUUGUGGUAUAUAUGUGUAGGGUUGGUUGGUGGUGCAAUUUUGUAUUUUCUCUCGCUACCUUUUUAUUUUUGUAUCACAAAUGUAACGUGAUUGAACACAUGCUACCGCACAGUAGGCAGCAGCAUGCACAAACAAAAUGUGCGAACGCCAUGAUACCAAAGAAGAAGAAGAAAUUGACGUUAACGCUAAUGUUGGACUAAAAUGGCGGCUGUCAUGAGAUUUGUCAACAGAAGCUGUUUUGGUUCUAGAAUGGGUCAUCAAUGUUUAUCCUUGAGUCGUCCAGCAGUAGUGGCAAAAUUAGUUCAGGAUGGCGCGUCUGCAGGGAAAACUCUCCCAGAGAGGGUAAAGAUAGUGGAGGUGGGACCCAGGGAUGGCCUGCAAAAUGAGAAGACUGUCGUUCCUUCUGAAGUUAAGAUUCACCUGAUUGACAUGCUCUCAGAGGCAGGUCUUUCUGUCAUCGAAGCCACGAGCUUUGUCUCCCCGAAAUGGGUUCCACAGAUGGCAGACCAGGUGGAGGUGAUGAUGGGGAUCCACAGAAGGCCAGGUGUGUCCUACCCCGUUCUGACCCCCAACCUCAAGGGCUUCCUGGCAGCUGUGAAGGCAGGAGCAGCAGAGGUGGCCAUAUUUGGUGCAGCCUCGGAGCUGUUCAGUAAGAAGAACAUAAACUGCUCUGUGGAUGAGAGCCUGCAGCGCUUUGAGGAGGUCACCAAAGCAGCCAAAGAGGCCGGCGUGCCAGUCAGAGGGUAUGUGUCAUGUGUGCUGGGAUGCCCAUAUGAGGGCAAGGUGUCACCAGACAAAGUGGCUCAGGUAGCCAAGCGUCUGUACUCCAUGGGUUGCUAUGAGAUAUCUCUGGGUGACACCAUAGGCGUGGGCACACCAGGUGGCAUGACUGAGAUGCUGCAGGCGGUGAGCAGGGAGGUGCCCGUCAACGCUCUGGCAGUCCACUGCCACGACACCUACGGUCAGGCCCUGGCCAACAUUCUCAUUGCCCUACAGAUGGGCAUCAGUGUUGUGGACUCGUCAGUGGCUGGCCUUGGCGGGUGUCCAUAUGCACAAGGGGCUUCUGGGAAUGUGGCCACAGAAGAUGUGGUGUAUAUGCUGCACGGACUUGGCAUACAGACGGGAGUGGACCUGCCAAAGCUGAUGGAUGCUGGAGCUUUUAUCUGUCGUUCCCUGAACAAAAAGACCAGCUCGAAAGUGGCCCAGGCCACCUGCAAACUCUGAACCUGGCUCCACAAAGGCCUAGAAGAGGGAUGUCACGAGUGAUGCCUACAGACAAGGCUAAAAGGCAUUACUAAGGCAACACACACCUGUGCCACCGAGGUGUAAUAUACUUUGAUUAGCUGUAGAUAAAAAUGGUUGUAAGAACUGUGUGUGUUCCAUUAUUUGAUAUAAGUCAAGUACCUCGCUUAUAAAUGAAGAAAUCAAAAUAGUUGGAAAGCCUUGCUCAAGUGGUGCCUUAUCAUUCUCAUCUUGUCCUACAUCAACCUGGUGCCUUGCCCGCUACCGUUGUGUGUUACAUGAUUAUUGCAAAUACACUAGGACACUAGUCAUAUUCAGAAUAAAGUAUGCUGUUUUAAUAUAAUUUAAAGUUAAAUGAAGGGAUUGCCUGACUUGUACUUCAAUUGCUUGGUGUAGAAACAGCCUUGUCCUUAUUUGUCAAUCCUUAUGUUUAGCCAGUUGUCAUAACAGUGGCAAAUGGAUGGGUCCUGCCAGUGUAUUGCAGUAGGUAUCCUAAACAGAUCUUGAUGUUUGCAGAGUGGAAUAGAAAACAUGUAUUGAUUUGAAUCAACAAAUGGACCAUCUUGUUUUCUAUUAUGGGACAGGAAGUCACAGGAUUUAGUCAUUCUCUUAUGUUUAUUUCCAUUUAACCAAACUUCCAACUAUCCUUACUUGAAAACCACUUAGGAUUUGCAAGCCUACCAUAUUAGGACAAUUAAAGUCCGCCAUUCCUGCAGUUUGAGUGGAGUUUUUCUUUUUCUGUUUAAUUCUUGGUUUUGUUGUCUCAUUGAAUGUAAAUAUUUAUUGUAAAAUGUUACACUUCUGAAUUAAAGCCAUUCGAAAAGUUUGUCUCAAAUCUAAGGAAGCACAUUUUUUUGCUGUAUUUUCAAAAAAUAAAUACUAACAUUUUUAA